GACGAAACCGCCUCUUGUUGAGAAUUGGCUUGAGGUGUACGUUGCUGGCGAGAUUCGGUAUAUAAAGGACGGCUUGCCUACACAUUUAACCAUCAGUACCUUUUCUGAAGCUUUCGGCUCAUCUUCUUCCAACAACAUGAACAAGUGUAUUAUUUUAGCUGCUUUGAUCGCCGUGGCGAUGGCCAAGCCGCAAGGCUAUGGCGCAGGAGCCGGACAACAGCAACAGGGCUAUGGGGGCCAAGCCGGACAACAGCAACAACAACAGCAGGGUUACAAAGCUCAGUCCGGUGCGGCUCAACAGCAACAAGGUUAUGGUAAUCAAGGCUCUGCUAGCACAGGAGCUGGACAGGGUUAUAGUGCUCAAAAUGCAGUUGCCCAGCAGCAACAGGGCUAUGGCUCUCAGGUCUCAGCAGGCGCUGGUGCUGGACAAAACUACGGAGCACAGUCUGGUGCUGCCCAACAGCAACAGGGUUAUGGUGCUCAAGCCUCUGCUAGCGCCGGAGCUGGACAAGGUUAUGGUGCUCAAAAUGGAGCUGCCCAGCAGCAACAAGGCUAUGGGGCUCAGGCCGCAGCUGGAGCUGGACAAGGUUACGGUUCACAAAACGGAGCUGCCCAGCAGGGUUACGGCGCAUCUAACACUCAGCAGAAACCAACUAGUACUUACAACAGCAAUGGCAAUGGAAACAGACCGUCCGCAUCUGCUUCAUCCGCACAAAACUAUGGAGCUCAGCCUGGUGCUGCCCAACAGCAACAGGGUUACAGUGCUCAAGCCUCUGCUAGCGCCGGAGCUGGACAAGGUUAUGCUGUCCAGAAUGGAGCUGCCCAGCAGCAACAAGGCUAUGGCUCUCAGGUUUCCGCAGGUGCUGGAGCUGGACAAGGUUACGGAGCAGCCAGCAAUCAGCAGAAACCAACCAGUACUUACAACAGCAAUGGCAAUGGAAACAGACCGUCCGCAUCUGCUUCAUCCUACGCACAGGAGCAACCCCCGAUGCCAUACGAAUUCGCCUGGGUCGUCAAGGAUGAGCCAACCAAGAACGACUACGGCCACGAAGAAAAGAGCGACGGCAAAGUUGUGACCGGAUCUUAUCGCGUUCUUCUUCCCGAUGGCCGCACUCAAAUCGUCUCCUACCGUGCCGAUGAGAACGGCUACGUCGCCGAUGUCAAGUACGAAGGUGAGGCUCAAUUCCCUACACCGUCCAGUGGUAAUGGAAACUAUGGAAAUGGCAAUGGCUCAGGAAAUGGAGGCAAUAACUAUGGCAAUGGUAACAAGGGAAACGGCAAUGGAAGCAACACCUAUAGCAACGGGAACGGCAAUCAGGCUAGCGCCUAUUAAGAAGCUAAAAAGUAUAUUGUCUUGAAAAUGAAUCGCCAUAAUUCUAAUUAUUUCUGUGUGAAAUCGUGAUCAAUCUGAAUACAUAUACGUAUAGAUAGCCUA